CGACGGCCAAGGAGCCAAAGGACCAGGAGCGAGGAGAGAAAGAGAGGCCGGAACGACGACGAAAGGAAGAAGGGACGUAGCGGAGCGGAGGAGGAGGCCAGGGACGGAAUCGCAGCUUUAUUUGGGGAGCGAGUGAAUGCCGCGGCCCGUUAGCACGCUCCCGAGAGUUCUUCUUGCUGGCCCCCGAAGGCGAGGGAGGAAGGAAGGGCGGAAGGGAGGACGAGGAGGGAGGAAGGCCGGGCUCGCGAAAGCUUCACAUUCGGCCUGUCGCUCCGACAUUCGUCGACGAACGAGCCUUCUCCACUGCGACCUGCGCGAUCGGAUCUCUCUGUCGUCGGGCUUCUCAGGGUUGGGACGCAUCGGCUUGACCGGGCUCGGACCGCAGCAGACGAGGACGAGCACGAGGACGUGACCAAGUGGUAGGACGAGGAUUUUAGAGCAGACGGGGCGAGUAGAAUCGGAAAAGUGGAGGAGCAGGUGAGUGCGGGAGAAGGACGAGGAGGACGACGAGGAGUACGAGGGCGAGGAGUUUGAAGGGCUGGAAACAGGGUAACAUCGGAGGUCGGACAGAGGUGGUGUGUUUUUCGUGGAGGACAGCAAGCGAUGGCCAUGGUAGACGAGCCGCUGUAUCCGAUUGCAAUAUUAAUAGACGAGCUGAAGAACGAUGAUAUUCAACUGAGGUUGAAUUCCAUCCGCCGCCUUUCCACUAUUGCGCGGGCUUUAGGCGAGGACAGGACGCGGAAGGAGCUCAUUCCUUUCCUGAGCGAGAACAAUGACGAUGAUGACGAGGUUCUCCUCGCGAUGGCCGAGGAAUUGGGCUCGUUCAUCCCUCACGUCGGAGGCGUGGAGCACGCGCAUGUGCUGCUGCCGCCGUUGGAGACUCUGUGUACUGUCGAGGAGACAGUUGUGCGCGACAAGGCUGUGGAGUCGCUCUGUAAGAUUGGAUCUCAAAUGAAGGAGCGCGAUGUAGUCGACUGGUUCAUUCCCUUGGUCAAGCGACUUGGUGCCGGCGAGUGGUUCACUGCCCGUGUUUCUGCCUGCGGGCUCUUCCACAUUGCAUACCCCAGUGCUCCGGACCUUCUUCGUGCUGAGCUAAGAUCAGUUUACAACCAGCUGUGUCAUGAUGAUAUGCCCAUGGUCAGAAGAUCGGCUGGCCUGAACCUUGGAAAAUUUGCCGCGACCGUCGAGCCUGCUAACUUGAAGUCAGACAUUAUGACUUUCUUCAAGGACCUCACUCAAGACGAUCAAGAUUCUGUGCGGCUACUAUCUGUGGAAGGAUGCGCUGCUCUUGGAAAGCUGCUGGAGCCUGCCGAUUGCAUCACAAAUAUUCUGCCAGUGAUCGUCAGUUUCUCACAGGAUAAAUCAUGGAGGGUUAGAUAUAUGGUAGCUAAUCAGCUCUAUGAGCUUUGUGAAGCUGUAGGACCGGAGCCCACAAGGACGGAGCUUGUCCCAGCUUACGUUCGUUUGUUGCGAGAUAACGAGGCGGAAGUGAGAAUUGCGGCAGCAGGGAAGGUUACGAAGUUCUGUGGUAUAAUCAGCGCUCAAUCUGCAAUCCAGCACAUCCUGCCUUGUGUCAAGGACCUCUCAACUGAUUCUUCACAGCACGUGCGCGCGGCUCUGGCAUCCGUUAUUAUGGGCAUGGCCCCCCUAUUGGGGAAGGAGGCUACCAUCGAUCAGCUGUUGCCAAUAUUCCUGGAACUGUUGAAAGACGAGUUUCCAGAUGUGCGGCUUAAUAUUAUCAGCAAACUUGACCAAGUUAACAAGGUGAUUGGUAUCGAUCUUCUAUCACAGUCAUUGCUUCCUGCCAUCGUUGAGUUAGCAGGGGACAAACAUUGGCGAGUGCGACUAGCUAUCAUCGAGUACAUACCGCUUCUAGCCAGUCAGCUGGGUGUAGACUUUUUCGAUGACAAGCUUGGCACCCUCUGCAUGCAGUGGCUUGGUGAUAAGGUUUACUCGAUUAGAGAGGCAGCAGCAAACAACCUGAAGAGGCUUGCCGAAGAAUUUGGUCCAGAGUGGGCCAUGCAACACAUCAUACCACAGGUGCUGGAAAUGAUAAACAAUCCUCAUUAUUUAUACCGUAUGACUGUGCUGUCGGCCAUCUCAAUGCUGGCACCGGUUGUUGGCGCGGAAGUUACAUGCCAGACUAUGCUCCCAGUUGUUAUUAAUGCAGCCAAGGACAGGGUACCCAACAUAAAGUUCAAUGUUGCUAAAAUGCUGCAGUCUAUGAUACCGAUUGUAGAUUCGACGGUAGUGGAUCAAACAAUCCGCCCAUGUCUUAUGGAGUUGAAUGAAGAUCCAGAUGUAGAUGUGAGAUUUUUUGCUAACCAGGCUCUACUAGCUUGCGAGCAAGUCAUGUGCGCGUGAUCACGAUAAUGGGUCACCAAAAAAAUGUACUUAGUUGAGGAUGGCCAAAUUAGUUCAGCUUUUUUGAGCUACUUUCCUCUGUUACACAGGUUAGUCAUUAUGAAGGGAUUAGCCUUCAUCCUUGGUCAUACAAUUUUCUGUUAGUCCUUGUAGAGAGGUUUGCUGUAGUCUCCCUGCGACUGGAUCUCCAGAUUUUUCUUUGCGUAGAAGGAAAGAGUCUUGUAGGCGAGAUAAGAGACCAAUGGGCUCAUACAGAGCUAACUACGAUUUGGAAGUCUUGAGAGCGUCCACAAGGGGUGGAAAAAUUAUAGAUCGUGCAAUUUCAGAGCUUCAAGAAUUGGAAAAACUCACAGCUCCAGGUAGAUCUCUGAGCUGUGUUAGUAUUUUCAUGCUUGUGUUGAUAUCAAUGCGUUUCAUGCUUUUAGCCUCUUCCUCGAAAAGGAAUUUCCCAAUUUCACAGCUGAUGCUGUUUGCCGUGUGAUGAAGUGGAGGAUAGCAUGCUUCAAUUUUUUAUGCGGAGAUCCGUGUGAAU